CACCACAGCGAGGCUGCUGUAACUGGGAGCAGCGACUGCAUCGAACACGAUGUCCACAAAUAACACGACCGCCGAUGCAGCGGCGGAGGAGGAGGCCCGCCGACGGGCGAAGAAGGACCGCAAACUCAUCAAGAAGUUCGAGAAGGAGAAGGAACGCAUGCGCCGUGAGCUGGCCAUGGUGGACGAGUACGCAGAUCCCAUCAAGGAGUUCCUGCCGCCAGAGGAAGAGGAGGACGACGACCUGCGCAUGAAGGCCAUCCAGGCUUUGCGAGAGUGGGUGCAGCAGCAGCCGCACUUCGUCAACUGCAGGACAGAUGACAAAUUCCUGCUCAGGUUCUUGCGCGCACGCAAGUACUGCAUGAGCUCCGCACAGGAGACCCUGGACAAGUACCUCACGGUCAGAACGCAGUACCCCAUAUUCUUCAAAUGCCCGGACAUCUACGAUGAGUCCCUGCGUGAUCUCUUGGCGAAGGGGUACUUCUUCCCACUCUUCGAAAAGGACAGUCAGGGGCGCACAGUCGUGUUUGGAUUAGCAGGUGCCCUGGAACCGCGCAUCCACAAAACAAUCGACAUCUACCGGGCGUUCUCAAUGAGCUUCGAGGCGCUGCUGGAGGAUGAGGACAACCAGAAGAAUGGCCUCACCUACAUCCUUGACGAGAGCGGAUUCAGGCUAAGUCACUUGGCGCACGUCAACCUUAGGGAUGUCCAACGAGUCAUGAUCAAUGGCGAGAAAGGCUGGCCGAUGCGCCACAAAAACAUCCACUGGGUGAACGUGCCGAGGUACAUCUCGGCCAUCUACGAGCUGGCCCUGAGCAUGUUCAGCCGGAAGCUGCAGAGCAGGAUGUUUGUCCACUUCGAGGUAUCCAGUCUCCAUGAGCACAUAGCCCCCGAGAUCUUGCCCCUGGAAUUCGGAGGGAGCAUUCCGAUCAAGGAGAUGGCAGCGGCCUGGAUCAAGAAUCUCGAGGAGAAACGGGACCUGCUGAUGUCUCUCGACCAUAUGGGCAUCGACGAGAGCAAGCGGCCCAAAAAGGAGAAACGUCAGGGCUACAGCCUCAUGAGGCUAUGGAACAGCAUCACGCGGUUAGAGGUCUACUGAUCGAUCACCCGCCCUGGACUGACUUCACACUGACGACCUCCAGCGCCACAAUAUUGUGCUAUAGAAAUGUGGACACGCGCGCCCACACUUUCUCGCUCAUGCGCACACCACCCUUUUUGUUCUUUGUUUGUUUGUUUCGUACUUGCGACACUCCUGCCUCACUGCGGGACAGCCACUCAGCCAAUGCAAGAAAAAGACGCUUUUUUGUUAAUAUCGGAUAAUAAACCCACACAACUUUCUUUUUUCA